UGCUCAGUGGGGCGAUCCCAUAAUCCCUGUCAUCCAGACCCAGAUGCUCAGAUCACCUCAGUCUCUGACUGAUUGGCUGGGGCACCUGCCCUUCAACUGCUCGCUGCUCUGCAGCCCACCCUGCACCAAUGGCGGGAGCUCCCUGUGCCUUCCUUCUCUUCUUGCUUAUGGUUUCCCAGCCCAGAGAUGCGAGUCCGUUCACAGUAUCUUGUCUCCCAGUGUCAAUGAACGGAAUUCUGGGAGAAUCUGUCGUUUUCCCUCUCCUCAAUCCUGGAGCCUUCAAAAGCAUCACCUGGCACGGCCCCUCCCCUGCCAAUGCUGAAGCCUAUGCGUCACAUAGGCCUUUAGCAGUUAUCACCCCAGGGGCCCCUGGAGCGCUGCCCCACAUUUCGAUGGAGGACAAGAGAUAUCGAGGGAGAGCAAGACUCCACAACCAGAGCUAUUCGCUGGAGAUCAGCAACCUGAUGCUGGCAGACGUUGUCAUGUACAGCUGUGAGACAGCAAGUGCAGAUAGCAGUAUCUUCUGUAGCUAUGACCUGCACAUCCACAAAUGACUGUCGGAGCCGGAGAUCAGGAUCUAGUCUAUGAUGGCUGGGAACAGCACCUGCAAUGUGACCUUCACCUGCAGCGCCGGGGAGGGGAACAAGACCAUCAAAUACAUCUGGACACGCUCAGCAGGGGCCCCUGUUUUCUCCAUUGAGGAAUCUCUGCUGGUCCAGCACAGACUGGGAGACGAGGACUCGCCCGUCACCUGCACGGCCAUGAAUCCCGUUAGCAACAGCUCAGCCAGCGCCUCCUCCAAGGCGGCCUGUGAAGGUGACGCUCGCUCCAUCCCUCCCCCUUGAGCGCAUGCCGCACAGACCAGACCAAGCCUUUGUCUUUAUUCAUAAACGGGACCGUCCCGCCCCCUGCUUGUUUCUCUUGUAGAUUUCACAGUCUCUCAAUUGGCAUCUGGCUCAGUGUGCCAAUAGGCGGACAACACAGUCCCAUGGCCAGACAGGGAGAUAAGUGUCAGCUACGUCCUACCAGAUAGGAACGUUUCCAAGAUACGUACCCUCGUGGACUCCAAGCCCUUAAGAACACAAUUUUCUGCACAGAUUCAUAACUCCUUAAACAGUAUCAGAACUUAAUCACAAUUAUUAUGGUGAUCACUGGCUCUUGUAGAGACCUCAUGUGCCACCUGAUAUUGGCAGAUAUCUGAUAUUCGGCUGGCGAUCCUUGUAAAACCCUGUGCACCCCUCUUCCAGUCAGCAGCAAGGGGUCCCUAGGUCCUAUUCAUCUGCUCCAGCGUCCCCUCUCUGACAGUGACCAUGCUGCACGCAGGGUCUCUGUGGCUAAAGUCUUGGCCUGUUCCCAAGGAUCUGUACGAUUCAGUCAACCCUAGAGCUGUAGCCUAGACUGCCUCCCCUGCAUAAUUCCCUUGCUCUGUCAAUGAAAGCAACGGGGGAGUGGGUGCCCACAACUGGGAGCCUCCCAGCCCAUUCGGGAAGCUUCAUAUCCAGGAUCUCUCGGGGGCGGUGUUAGAAUUCCAUCCCCUGAGCGUUCCAUGUCUGGUUACUCACAGACACGUCUGUUCAGUGAAAGGUUUAAUUCAUCUGCUAACACUAGUAUGCAGACUUCUGGGGAGGAGCACACCUGGGCAGCGGAACAGUGGAGAGCUCUUUGCAGAGAACACAGCAGUAGGGGGCAGAAAACAAUUCUGCCGGCUGAUGGCCUUCCCAGCAUUUUGGCUGCUGAGUGAAACCUGCUUUAGCUGGAGCCUUCGAAGCCUUGCAAAAGCUGUUAAAGAUUUUGUUCUCAAUAAAUUCGUCGAGCUACGGCACUCGAUACAUUGCUCAUGUCCUGCCCAAUCUUGGCUUACCCACUGCCACUGUCACUACGAGACAUUACAGAAUUAAGCCAUUUGUAUCUAUUGCCUGCAAGGUGUCUGCUACUACCAACCCUCUUAACCAGAUCUUCUAGUGGUACCGUUUGGUCAUGUGUCUAUGCAUGGUCUAAUUGCUGGGGUGGAAGUGACUGCCACCUACUAUGGGCAGCUGAUAUUUUUUGCAUAAGAAAUGGGCGGAAACUGCUUUAUCAGGAGGAAUGAAAUCACCUGCUUUUUGAUUCCAUAUCCACAUUUCUAAUUUUCUAUUUAUGGCACAGACGAAUCUCGGGCAUUGUCCCAUAGCUGCAAAAUGGAAACUCCCAUACACAGCACCCCCUAGUG